AUGAUGUUGUCUUUAUUCUGCCUGUACGUUGCAGCCAUAUUUUUUCCAACAGACGCUAAAUCACAUUCAGGAAAACUUGUGGAUUUUGCUGUCUACGAGAAGAAACUUCAGGGUCUUCAUGCCCAGUUUCAUCAGUCAGCCAAAACGAACGGCUAUGUGUUGACGGAGACACAUUUUGAAACGAAAGUGAAAACCAUCUGUACACAUUCCGGGUGUUCGUCAUCUGCUAAAGAAAAGAAAGGAAACGAAAGGAAGUGCACCAAAGAGUGGAAAAAAUUUGGAGGAAACUGUUAUAAGCUUCUAUCUAAAUCACAGAACCAGAAUUCAGCAAAGAGCGCAUGCAAAUCACUGAAUGCAGAUUUGGCUGACAUUACAUCGGAGAGUGAAAACGUCUGGAUUCAAAAGACAUUCAGUGAACUCAAGGGGAAAGUUUGGAUCGGAGCUACAGACAAAACAAAGGAGGGAGAGUGGAGGUGGUCUUCGUCUGGGAAGUUGUUGACAUUUGGUGCUUGGUAUAAAGGAGAACCCAACAACGAUCGGGGCAUUGAAGAUUGUGCUAUUGCUAAAAUAGAUAAAGGGAAAUUUCUCUGGAACGAUGUACCAUGCAGUUACAAAUAUCCAGGAUCUUUGUGCAAGAAAAAGGAAUAAACAAUGUAUAUAUACAAUUUCAGAAGUUGAAAUAUAAUUUCAGAGAUUAUUAGUAUUCAAUUACAUGGUAUAUGUAUUGGUUCAUAUUAUGGUUGAAAUUUUAGCAUUAUUAACUAACCCUGCAGACUUAGAUUAUUGAAACCUACUCAAUUUAGUACAAUAUGAACAACAAAAACAAUAUAAAUAUGUGUUCCUCGAAUAAUAGACA